ACAAUAACAAAACGUUAUAACCGUUCUCGACGCUCGUAGAAUAGAAUUAUCGUGUUAUGUUAGAACUUUAAUGUAAUAAUUUACUCGGUAUAAAUGCUUCUAGUCGGUGUUUGCUACGUUUUCUCUUGAAAUGAGCUCUUACGUAGCCAACUCGUUGUUCAAGCAAACAAGUCAUGAAGCGUCCGCCUUCACUUUGCACAACCAUGGUUACGGUUCCGUGCCCGAGCUCCACGUACCGUCGGGCUACUGUUACGGAGGGCUCGACCAUCAACAUCGAGGUUCCUUCGCGUGCCCAUCCUCCUCUAACUCGCUCCUUUCGGGGGAGAUGAGCUCCGGUCCGCGUGGCAGUCCGGAUAACCACACACCACGAGCAGAGUCAUCCACUGGCUCGCCCAGAGGCCGCCUUAACACAACCGGUCACGGCUCCCUAAAUCUUGGACUUUACGGUCGCAAAAGUGAGGGGGCAACGGAACCCUGCGAAAUGCCCACAGGCAAAACGAAAGGCGCCGACGAGACCAAAGUUGGAACUUUGCAAGCCGUUCAGCCGGUGGGACAAGCCGGCCACCCAAGUCAAACCCAAGGCAGUGAGCAGCCUCCGCAAAUCUAUCCCUGGAUGACUAAACUACAUAUGAGCCACGAACCAGAUGGAAAACGCUCAAGGACGAGUUACACCCGCUAUCAAACUCUGGAGUUGGAAAAAGAGUUCCAUUUCAACCGCUAUCUGACGCGUCGAAGGCGCAUCGAGAUCGCCCAUACCCUAUGUCUGAACGAGCGACAGAUCAAAAUCUGGUUCCAGAAUCGGCGAAUGAAGUGGAAGAAGGAUUCCAAGCUCAAACUUAAAGAUCCAUUCUAGAGCCCCCAUUUCACUCGGAGCCAAGAGUCUAUUCAGAGGAUGGCGUUCAAAAACUUUUAACCCCACCGGUGUUUCCAAACUGUGACCUACAUGUAAAUGCGAUGUUAUAGUGUGAUAUGUGAAAGUAUUAUUCAACUUACGAUAUGGAUAUGAGUGUAAUUCAAUUGUCAUGUUUAUUUAAUAUUGUGCGCAUUUGUUCUUGUAGAAAGGCCUGUGCCUGCAUUGGUCAUAGAAUACCCUAAUCGUGUUAUUAGACGCAAUCAGAACGCCAAAUGCCAUGUUCAAACUGCAAAAUAUUUCUAAGUUGCAUCAGUGUAAACAGUGAAUUAUUCAAAACCUCUGUUUUCAUAAUGAUACUUGGCCAACUGGUAAUGCUACAGUUGUAUUAUUAAAAUGACAAUUGUAACCAUUUGAAUUUCAUAGAUUUCUAUAAUAUUAAGAUGAUUGUCUUGUUUAGUUUAAGUUUUACAUUAAGGUUAUUUGUACCAUGGUAUUCAUCAUGUUGGCCCACAGGCCUGAAUGGUUUACUUCUUGCAUUUUGCCACUUGCAAUUCACCAAGUGAGUUAGCUUUUCACCAGAAACAGGUGAGGUAGCGGAAGUGAGUGAAAUACAAGUGUAUUGAUUUGUUUACAUCUUCGUGUUGUAUAUAUAUGUGAUGGUAGACUGAGGAAUGUUGCACCGUCUUGAUUUACAGACAGCUAUUUCACUUUAUUUUUUUCAUGCUAAAACCAGAAGAAUUAUUACAAUAUUUAAAUCAUUUUUACACUCGCCUCACUUAUGUCCAUAUGCGCUGUGGCGUUAUUUUAAUCGCUGAGAUGUAUUUGGAUGAAUGGUUAUUGUUCAAUUUCAAUCGAUUACAAAAUAAAUAAAUACAAAUAAUCAAUGCAUGUUGUCUGUCACCCAGACAAAUAUGAUGCAUGUGAUCUUUGAGUGAAGGACCAAGACGUCUUGAAUUUCUCAGGUGCUCAAACCUAAUGUUAGAAAAAAAGAUAUCUUGAGUGCCCAAUGAACAUAGGCCUACACAAAUUCCCUAAAUGGGACCAAACAAUAAGCACAUAGUUGCGCCUUUGGGCCUUACAAAACCAAACGAGCUGCUUUUUCUCUUGAGCGCAAAGAA